UGAUAUGCGUCGAAGUCAUUACGCAGCAACAAACAUGGCGGCAAAGUCUGAAAAGCCAUGUGAGUUGACACUCGAUUUACAACCAAUUUCUCCCGAUGAAGACAGCUCAGGAAGCUGUGAAAGUAUUAAUGAAGCGCCACCUCAGACUCCCAGUUCUCCUUCGAAAGCCAAACCCGAUAAUGUUGUAUUCCGUCAGUCAAACAGGACUAUUUAUACCGCAGGUCGCCCUCCAUGGUACAAUCUCCAAGGACAGCUUAAAGAACCAUUUGUCAUAGGUUUGUGUGGUGGUAGUGCUUCAGGAAAAACCACUGUUGCCAACAAGAUCAUUGAACAACUUGGAGUUCCAUGGGUCAGCAUGCUCUCACUUGAUUCCUUCUAUAAGGUACUGACUCCAGAACAACAUAAGGCAGCACUAAGGAAUGAGUACAACUUUGAUCAUCCAGAUUCAUUUGAUGCUGACCUGGCUGCAAGUGUCUUAAAGAAGUUGAAAGAAGGAAAGAGUGUUCAGGUGCCCAUUUAUGACUUCAAAACUCAUGGCAGACAGGAACAGAUGACUAAUAUAUAUGGUGCAAAUGUCAUCAUCUUUGAAGGAAUCAUGGCCUUUGCAUAUAAGGAUUUGCGAGAUUUGAUGGAUAUGAAGGUUUUUGUUGAUGCUGAUCCUGAUGUUCGCUUGGCAAGACGGCUGAAAAGAGACAUCUCUGAACGAGAAAGGGACCUUGUUGGUGUCUUGCAGCUAUACAACACUUUUGUGAAACCUGCCUUUGAUCAAUACAUAGCACCAACAGUUGUUUAUGCAGACAUUGUUGUCCCAAGAGGUGGUGAAAAUAAUGUUGCAAUUGACCUGAUUGUGCGCCAUGUUAGAACACAGCUGGAACAGAGAGGAUUUAAUUUCAGAGCACAGCUUCGGUCGUUCCAUCAAGGACAGCCACUGCCUAGUUCACUGAGUAUUUUAGAAAGUACUCCACAAGUCAGAGGAUUACAUGCAAUUAUUAGGAAUGAGGAGGCCAGUCGAGAUGACUUUGUCUUUUAUUCCAAGAGGCUGAUGAGAAUUCUUAUUGAACAUGCACUUUCACUCUUACCAUUCAAAAAACAUGUGGUGACAACAAUGGAGGGCAAAAUUUAUGAAGGAAGAAAAUUUGCAGGGAAAAGGCUGUGUGGUGUAUCAAUACUGAGGGCGGGUGAAACCAUGGAGCCAGCUCUAGAGUCUUUGUGCAAAGAUGUCAGAAUAGGAAAGAUUCUCAUUCAGACCAAUGAAAUAACAUCAGAACCUGAGCUUCAUUAUCAUCGUCUUCCAAAGGGCAUUAGUGAAGAUCAUGUAAUACUUAUGGACGCUACUGUGGCAACUGGUGCAGCAGCACUCAUGGCUAUCCGAGUUUUAUUGGACCAUGAUGUUAAAGAGGAGAAUAUUUUGUUCUUGUCUUUGAUAACUGCUGAAUCAGGGGAAAAAGAGAUGUAACGAAAAACGGUCAUUCAAUAGAUCCGGGCAACGGAUUCUGAAAACUCUGUACAGCCUUUUGAAGCCAGGCCUGAACUGAAACAGGUAGAGAUCGUAGUUGGCCAAAUCGGAUAUGGAGUGUGUUCAAUUUUGGUCUAAUUUAGUUUGUGGUUCUGAGGGACUAGAUGACACUACCGUGCCAAAAAGUUGUCAUGUGGGUAGCCCACCCGGGAACGUGAAGGGCAAACUAUCUGAAGGAUGCGAGGCUUAUUCAAUGACAGCGCUUAUUCCAAAAAUUGGACGCGACAGAGAAAUGCUUCUAGAAAUUUAACGGUACAUUUUUGUUAUCGAAACGUCUACAGAAGUUAUCAAAGGUAUUUCUUAAUUUUCACGACGCUUCUCUUUCGAUACAUUUCAACUGCUUUACAUCAACAUCGAUGACACUGUCUCCUUUUUAAUCUGAGUCUACGAGCUCCAUCGUAGGGGGGUUCGCGGUUUCUUCGUCUGGGUCUGUGCAUUCGAAAGGAUUUGCAUCUAGUUCCUUCAAGAUAUUCAACUGUGUCUGAAGCACUGCAGCUUGUAAAAUAAUUAUUCGAAUAAGUGCCGUACCGACGCUGCGGCGCUGAUUAAUCUUUUUGUCUCAAAUGCGGCGCUUAUUUGUGGGAAGCGCUUGUUCGAGAAAAUUUGGUAUUUGAAAAAAUUCAGUAAAAAACAGGCGAGAUUUUACGUGCUUUAUUGGGAUGUAAUGCUCCAAUAAGGGGUAGUGUUACCAAAUGACUGGCGAAGGGUUAGGGUCGCGUGAGGUGGACGAACACAGGCUACAACGGUACUGAUGAGUCAUCUGGUUCUUCAAAAUCCAGGUACUGGAGGGCACUUACCAUAUUUUCCUUAUUUCUAUACAGAAUAGUAGCCAGG